AUGUCAGAAAUUUCAUUCGCACAGAGUUACAUACUUGCCUCCAAGGUCAAGACGAAGUUGUCUAAACAAGCAUCCGAUCCUAAAUCCAGUCUCCGAAAUCUUGUGGUUCAAGCCAACAUGUUGGAUAAUUUGAUGGAUUACAUCGGGAAUGAGACCGAGAAAAGGUGCAGUGAACCAAGUUUGAAUACCAAGCCUGAAGAUGCUUUGAAACACGUUUCCUUCGAUGAUCAAUCCGUGAGGCCUCCUCGUGAUGAAGCUACGAAGACAUCAGUUACUGAAUAUGAAGUUGACUCAGACUCAGACUCCGACGGUGAGUCUGAUCUAAGUUACGAGUAUUCGGAUUCCGACUCUGAAUCAGACUCAGAUUAUUAUUACUCAGAUUCGGAUGAGGAGGAAGCGGAGUGGAAUCCUUACCAAGAAGUACACCAAGAAAAUUCUGUUUACAAGAAAUUGCCGUAUAUGAAUCUUUCAAUUGCAUCUGGACAUUUCACACACACAAUUAUAGAAGAAGAGGAGGAAGAAGAGAAUGAAAUAAGGGAAGUAGAAGAAGAGGAAGAAGAUGAAAAAGAAGAAAAAGAACAGAAUUAUAAAAUUGAUUUGGCUGGAAGAACGUCAUCCUCAUACGAGAGCGAUCUUUUUAGAGAAAUGCCAGAAUUGUGCAGAAGUUCUUCGUUGACAGACGACGAGGAUUUUGAAGAGCACCUGAGUAUAGUACAUUCGACGCCUAGCAGUUAUCUUGGCUUAAAGCCCACAGGAUCAUGCUUUGGAGUACAGUCGCACUCAGCAGCAAAUAUCAAUCUGCACCAUUUACAAAAUCAAUAUCAUGCUGUAUACUGA